AUGAUUUCAGACCUCAGCAUGGGUGAAGAGGACGCUGAAGCUGCAAACGGGUUGAAGGCGAUGUCCUCUAUGGGCGCACCGGACGAACGAUCACGGACAUCUUCUUUGGUUAUCAACUACUUACAUUUAGAUGCUGAUAAAGUCUUGUCAGCUUACGGGAAAUAUGGACGAUAUCAGGCAAGCAUGGUCACAUAUCUGGUGUUGAACAGUGUUCACAUUCUAUUUGCAAUUAAUAUGAUGGUGAUGCCAUUCAUAACUGAAGACCCAAAAUUCGAGUGUCAAAUCACACCUCCGGAAGGUGUACAAUGGGAAUACAGGAUAGUAGACAAGUGUACAGUUAAAGAUGGAAAUAACUGGACUCUUACGUGCGAUAGUAUACCGGGUGCCAGGUACAACUAUUCCGACGUCAUUCAUGAAUCGUUGGCUUCUGAAUUCAAUUUGGUUUGCGACAACUAU